GUCACACCCGGAAGCGGAGAUCCGGAAGUGGGGUUGGACAGGUUAUCCCCAGGGGUGGGGCAGCGGAGGCCCAGGAGGAGGGGGAAAAAAGAAGGUGGAGGAUCCUGGCUACUAAUCUGAAUCCGAUACCGAUUCUCUUAGACCUCAGAGACACAGAAAAGACAGAAGGGUGCCUCAUCCCCCUUCCUCCCCUCCUCCCUCUCUUCAGCCUUAGCCAUGGCGGAGGCAGGGGCCGGGCUGAGUGAGACCGUCACUGAGACAACGGUUACCGUGACAACCGAACCCGAGAACCGGAGCCUAACCAUCAAACUUCGGAAACGGAAGCCAGAGAAAAAGGUGGAAUGGACGAGUGACACUGUGGACAACGAACACAUGGGCCGCCGCUCAUCAAAAUGCUGCUGUAUUUAUGAGAAACCUCGGGCCUUUGGCGAGAGCUCCACGGAGAGUGAUGAGGAGGAAGAGGAGGGCUGUGGUCAUACACACUGUGUACGGGGCCACCGCAAAGGACGGCGUCAUGCAACCCCGGGACCAAGCCCCACCACCCCUCCCCAGCCUCCUGACCCCUCCCAGCCCCCUCCAGGGCCAAUGCAGCACUAAAUUCCUCUCUCCCCCACCAUUCCUGUGUCUGUCUGGCCCUGAAUGUAUUCAUGUGGCUACUCGGGGACUAAACCCAUGGUUUGAUCCCUUCUCCAGCCCCCUCCUCCCCUCUCCUCUGCCUGAUAGAGGGAAGAGGGGGAGGAGGGUGGACAGAGAUCCUGGAAUUCUGACUUGCUGCUAUUCCAGAACCCAGGCAUCUGGGUUCCCCCAGCCCUCAUUUCUGCCUCCUCUCUUCAGGGAUCCAGGCAUCUUGGUCCCAGUCUUUUCCCUUUGUUCUCACUGCCAAACUACCUGUCCUGUGAUCUAAUUAUCUUGGCCCCUUGCACUCUCUACUUGAGUUCCAAACAGUUAAAUUGGGUUUCCAACGGCCCCAGCUUUCACUGCCAGGGUCCUAGUCAGAUUCCAGGCAAUCUUGCCCCCGCUAUGCUUGUUAAUCCUGGCUUAGAGCUUUUCCACUAAUGUAUUUAUGUCAUCCUAACUCUUAGUCCUUGCCUGUGGGAUGUGAGGUCUUACGUGAGACCUCAGGGCUCCUAGCCCUUUCCCUCCUCUCCUGCCCACUCCCGUCAUGCCCUUAAGAGGAGUUAGGAGAGAGAGAGGUCUUUGUCAUUCUCACCUUGGGAGAAUGGGAAAUGGAAAAAGAAAUAGUCAUGUCCUCUCCCCUCUCCCUUCUCGUGUGACCUAGGGUUUCUGACAAAGCUGGCUUCAAGACUGGUCACUUAGAGCUAACUAUCUACUCAGCCUUUGGUCUUCCAGCUUAGGAGACAGAUCCAACACGGUCCCAGGGGCCCGGGUCCCUGGGAGAGGAAGGAACAGGGAGGGAGCAAAGAGAUGCACUCUCACCCCUUCCUUCCUAGGCUUUGAUGUCUCUGCCAGCCCAGAUGUCCUGGCCUUCCCCACCCCUUACUGGGAUCUGGAUAUCAUUUUCCAGGCCUCUUGCCAUGCACAGUUGCAGAAAUCAGUCAAAUCCAUACCACCACUGAGAUCUCAUUUAUUGCCACAGAUGCACAAAAUAAAUAACCCAACAUCACAAAA